UCUCCGUAGGACGUUUGAGGUGCGGGAUUUCCAUUGCUUGCUGGGAAAUAUAGUUCUAGCACUGGACAGGAGGCGCUGAGCGCCUGCGCGAUGAAGCCCCGCAGAGGAUGCGGGACCCCUACCGGAACGCUGGGGACGCGUCGGACCUCAGCAGUGCUCCAGUGGACGGUGUAAAGCAGGUCACACUUCUGUGCUACUUGGUUUGUUUCCCACACGGGCAAGCUUUCCUGAGACUGCCGCUGUGGUGUCUACCUGUUCCCCUGCCAGACUGAGGCUUUACAGACCCCAGGGACUCCUUCAGGACUCACAGGGGCCUUCUGCACCUUGGUGAUGGCACAAAGGGACUGUUUUCUUACUUGUAGCCUGAAUGGCUGCCAAGAAGGGUAGAUCACCCAGACCUGUGACUCUCCUGUGGCUUUGGACCUCAGACCAUCGUAACAAACCCCUUUCAGAGCCUGAGGACAGGGCUCUUCUGAACCAGUGAUCUUGAGGCAUGAAUGAGAAAUCCAGCUCUUUUGGGACCGAGGACAAAAUACGAGAUGGACAGGCUGCCAAUGGCAGGUGUGGACCAGAUUGUAGGUGGGUCUUCCCACUUCCAGUCAAGAAAAAUCUCUCACAGGUGGAAAGUGUCUCUGUGGGGCAGUCUUCAUUGUACAAGGACAAUGGUGCACUCAUGGCUUUCAGAGGAAUGCCUAUCUCAGAGCUGAAGAACCAUGGCAUUCUCCAGGCCCUGACCACAGAAACCAAUGGAUGGCAGCUAGGUGUUGUAAACCCGGAGGUGCUCAGAGCCCAGGAAGAAUGGGACAUGGUGGACACCAUCCAUCCAGACCCAGAGAGUGGGGUCAGCUCCCAGCAGCCUGGCCAGCUCAUCUCCUUCAGCGAGGCCCUGCAGCACUUCCAGACCCUGGACCUCUCCUCCUUCAAGAAAAGAAUCCAGCCAACUAUUCGAAGGACCGGGCUCGCCGCCCUCCGGCAUUGCCUCUUCGGGCCGCCCAAGCUGCACCAGGGCCUUCGGGAAGAAAGAGACUUAGUCCUCACCAUUGCUCAGUGUGGCCUGGACAGCCAAGACCCGAUGCAUGGUCGAGUGCUCCAGACCAUCUACAAGAAGCUGACUGGCUCCAAGUUCGACUGUGCCCUUCAUGGAGACCACUGGGAAGAUCUGGGCUUCCAGGGAGCAAAUCCAGCUACAGACCUGAGGGGGGCAGGCUUCCUUGCCCUUCUGCACCUGCUGUAUCUAGUAAUGGACUCAAAGACUUUGCUGAUGGCCCAGGAGAUCUUCCGCCUGUCUCAUCACCAUAUCCAGCAAUUCCCUUUCUGUCUGAUGUCCGUGAACAUCACCCGCAUUGCCAUCCAGGCCUUGAGGGAGGAGUGCCUCUCCAGGGAAUGUAACCGGAGGCAGAAGGUCAUCCCGGUGGUGAACAGCUUCUACGCAGCCACUUUCCUUCACCUGGCGCGUGUGUGGAGGGCCCAGCAGAGGACCAUCUCAGACUCAGGCUUUGUCCUCAAAGACUUGGAAGUGUUGGCCAAGAAGAGCCCCAAACGGCUGCUCAAGACUCUGGAUGUCUACCUGACCCGGGUGUCAAAGGGACAGACCUCCUUGUUGGGGACACAGAAGUGCUCUGGAUCUGAAGGGCCUCACUCCAAGGAUCUCACCUUCACAGGCGUGUGUGACCUACAGUCCCACUCCUUUGAGAGCACAGGGUUGAUCUGACCCGCCAUGGAGAGCAUUCCUAGAAAAGCAGCUGGGUCGCUGGAGCUCUCAGAACAGAGCCCUUCCUACCUCUGCAGGUGAGGUUAGGAAGCUCCCACCUCUGGGUAGUGAAGUCUAAGUGUCCACACCCGCAGAGCACAUUCAGGCAGCUAGAGUUAACCUCCUUGCCACUUUGGAAGCAAGGAGUCUUCUGUUGUCCCAGCUGGGCUCCAGUUCACAGGGCUGGGCUCCCGAUAUUCCCAGGGGGAGUGAACAGACCAUAGUGUAGGACAGCCGCGUCUGAACAGUCUACACAUCCACACCCAGAGUCCCGGGAAGUUGCUGCCAGAAUUCUGACUCCACAACCGCUGUCCCCAGUGUCCAGCGGCAACAACAUCUUCAGCCAGCAGGGGGCAACACAACACAGGAAAAAGCGACUGUUAGGCUGGCCCCUCCCUUCAGCCACCAGGAUUUUCAGGACACUUGUUCCCACCUUUCUCCCCCUCCCCCUACCUCCUUUGCCCGCCAUUGUUUGUGAUCUGAAAAUGGGCACUGGGCUAGCUAGACUAGUUAUCACGGUGCUCGACCCACACCGCCCACAGGCUGGGGCUCCUAUGGAGACCACACACCUUUCCUGAGAGGCAAUAGGAACUCGCUCACCCACCAGCAGUUUUAGAAUAAAGGAAUCGUUGUA